UUUCUUGCACUUAACAUCUAAAGUUCAAACCGUAAACAUAUCUUAUUUUCUUUAGUGCGUUUUCAAUUCUUCAACAAUUUAUUCCUGAAUAAAGGGCAAUUAACUAAAUAAUCAAGUAAAUUAAGAUUCCAAACGAUUUUUUUUUUUUAUCAUGGAUCAUUGGCCUAAAGAUGUCGGAAUACGCGCUAUUCAUUUCGUCAUACCGUCGUUGUACGUUGAUCAAACUGAUUUGGAAAAAUACGACCAAGUGUCCGAAGGAAAAUAUACCGUUGGUCUGGGCCAAAAGCAAAUGGGGUUUUGCACAGACCUCGAAGAUGUGAAUUCGUUGUGCCUGACGGCUGUCAGUCAGCUUGUCGAGAACAAUGGCAUUAGUUAUGCGGACAUAGGUCGUCUGGAGGUUGGCACCGAGACCAUAAUCGACAAGUCGAAAAGUGUUAAAACGGUUUUGAUGAAGCUGUUCGAGCCUAGUGGUAAUUUCCACGUUGAGGGUAUCGACACGACAAAUGCCUGUUAUGGUGGGACGGCGGCCCUGUUCAACGCUCUUUCGUGGAUGGAGUCUAGUGCGUGGGACGGUAGGCUGGCCGUAGUAGUCGCAGCCGACAUUGCGAUCUACGCAAAGGGCAACGCGCGUCCAACAGGAGGUGCCGGCGCCGUCGCGAUGCUGAUCGGCCCAAACGCCUCGUUGGUGAUCGAGAGGGGCCUUCGGGGAACGUACAUGAACCACGCGUAUGAUUUCUUCAAGCCCGACCUGACAUCUGAAUAUCCGGUGGUGGAUGGUAAACUGUCAAUCGAGUGUUACCUUAACGCCCUGGACCAAUGCUACAAGUCCUAUCUGAGCAAGUGUGGCGACGAUACCAAUGUCAACUUGAACGGGUUCGAUUCAUUCGUGUUCCACACACCAUACUGCAAACUGGUGCAGAAGUCCCUGGCCCGGUUAUACCUGAACGAUUUCGUGAACAGUGACGCAAAGGACAAGGACUACCCGGGGUUGGACCGAUACAAGGACGUGCACCUACCGUCCACAUUUUUCGACCGAGAUAUCGAGAAGACGUUCAUGGAACGAAGCAAGACUGUUUACGAGGACAAGACAAAGCCGUCGCUGUUGCUGGCGUCGCGCAUAGGAAACAUGUACACGGCGUCCGUGUACAGCGGGCUGGUCUCAUACCUUGUGUCUUUGCCGCCGGAACAUCUACCCGGCAAGAAAAUCGGCGUGUUUUCCUACGGGUCCGGUUUGGCGUCGUCCAUGUACUCGAUCAGGGUCGUCGACAACGAUUUGUCGAGUCUUAUCGGCAAUCUGAAGAAAGGCAUCAACCGUCUGGAAGAGCGGAUACGACUGUCGCCCGAACAAUUCACGGAAGUGUUGGAAGUCCGGCAGAAGUCUUUGCACCGAGCGCCGUACGUACCAGUUAGCGAUAAGGGUCAGCUGUUUCCGGGCACGUGGUACUUGUCCAGUAUCGACGAAAUGCACCGACGGUAUUACGAGAGAAAAGAAUAGAGCGUUGUAAAACAUCUAUACAAUAGAAAAUGUAUUUAUGUCCCCCCAGUGAAAAAGUAUUAUUUAUCGGUAGGCGAUGAAUAUAUAAAUCGUAUUAUUCUCUGUACAUCAAGCAAAUAAUAACUAGUAAUGGUACUUUUUAAAAUGCACAGUUAAUUUUAAGCAAAAAUCUUUGUACUUUUAUAGUUAUAGUAUUGGUUUAUAUA